UCACAAGUUCAAACAUUGCACCAAUCAAAGAAACAAUCGUCUGUCGUCAUAUUACAAUUUAUCCACUACGAAGAUCCCACGUGAAAGAGAUAUAUAGGUGCCAAAAAAAGAAGCUCAAGUGACGAAUUAGAAAUGCAGAGGACCAAGAGAAAUUGUCCGUGCUGUUCCUUCGAUUUAGAUCUAUUUUUACCAGAUUCGGAAAAGAAAGGGGUAAAGGAAGAAGAUAAGUGCGACGAGGAUGAUAUUGAUUCUCCACUGCUGUCGUCACCACCGAACAUUUCUGAAACGUUCGAUCGGCUCGUGUCUGCAUCCAGUGGCGUGGAAAAUGAAGGCGGAUCACAAAUCAUUAUCGUAGACACCCACGGACACGCACAGCUAGAUCGAGGACGAAACAACGUGUACGAGUUGCAAAUAGCAAGGAACGAAAACAGUGUUAAUCACGAAGAAAGAAAAAAUGAUUUCGGCAGUCGGAACGAAAAUUUCCAUGUCAAGACACUGGCAUGUUCCGUCGAACCAGCCGAUUUUGGCAUCACCUUGAAGUACGCCGCCACAUCGGAUUCUAUAUUGCCGGCACUGGGCGUUCAUCCGUGGUACAUUGAAAACCUUCCCAACUUUGCAUCAAUGACAUCGAGGAAUAUUGACGGUAGUCACGGCGAUGAUCCGGAAAAUAUCGACGAUUUCGACGAAAUUGAUUCAGAAUGGUUGUUGCCGAUGGAAAAACUUUUAAUCGAACAUCCAAAUUGUUUAGUGGGCGAAAUCGGUUUGUGCAAGAUAGCUAAAUGGGUUCGAACACAUCCCGACGGGAAAGCAAGAGCAAUGGGAAUUCAGAAACGAAUUUUCAAAAAGCAAAUGAUACUGGCAGCAAAGUUACGUAGACCGGUUUCUGUCCAUUGUGUGAAUUCACAUGGUAUAUUUGUAGCUGCAAUUAAAGAACUGGUAGAGAUGCAGAAAAAUGAGGAAGACACGGCACGAGCUGCUGACAAUGAAAGACACAGUGGCAGCCGUAGGUUUCUUCUUCCAACAGUCAUAGCAAUGCAUAGUUUCACGGGAACUGCCCACCAUGUGAAAGAGCUGUUGGAAUUAGAAGAUCAGAUUGAUUUUCCAAAUGAUAGGUUUCGGACAGCGAUGGGGAAAAAAAAGGUACCAAAGGACAAAGAAGAGAAAUGCAGCAGAAUCAUGAAAGCUCCGUUAACGUCAACACGACCGCCGUUGUUUUACUUCGGAUUUUCACACACAGUAAACUACGCCAUGUGUACUUCCGAAAAGUCUCGCAAGAAAGGGGUAGAAGCCGUACAAGCGGUCCCGCUCAAUAGAUUGCUGGUUGAAUCUGACGUACACUCGGACGCUGAUGUUGCCGGUGGGACUAUUGGUGCAAUAUCGUAUGUUUCGUGGGCACGUGACAUCCAUCCAAGAGAAAUCGCAUCGGCGACAAGCAAGAAUGGAUCAGUCUUCCUUGGAUCAAUAGGUUCUUCAAAUGGGUUUUAAAUAGGUGCAUUUAUAAUUUUUCUACGGUCCCCCGUAUCGCUCACUAUCACCAGGCAUCCCAAAUUUGCUACCAUCUGCUACUUCUACAGUCGCAAUCAGGUCGCCAAACGGAGGGAGUCCGGUAGCACGUCGAAGAAUUUUUCCAUUUUUCUUCACCGUAAUGGUAAUCCCCUUCUCUAGUACAUCGAAACCCUGGUUCGUUGCGGUUUUAAUAUCAGUGUUCAGAUAAUCGAUCCAUGCGUUGGGACCCUGUGGAAAUGCAACAACAUCGUUAGCCCUAUUGAUGUCAAAAUUGCGAUCGUUUUCUGUAACAGUAGCUUCCACUCCGUCUCUCCAAAAAGCACGUGAAUCACCGACAACAAUAUUCCCGUUUUUAUUCUCUAAAAGGAGAGGAACAAUAACGAAAUCAAUCUCGAGUAGCUUCUCAGGAAGGAUAUUUGUAUCCUUCAACUGGUCGGAAGCUAGAGAUUUAGCUAAAGC